GACGGUCCCGCCUACAAGCAUUUGAACGUCGCUUCCUCGAAGACGCAGAGGACGUCCUCUUCCGUACCUAUACUUAUAAACACCCGAGACAACACUUCACCCCCUCGUCAACAUUUGGAACAAUGGCGGCCAGCCUGACCCAUGUCGAAUCAUCGAUCAUGGAUCUCGUCUCGACUGACUCGCUACCCCCUCACCGUCACUCAUCUUCAACCACUCGUACCGCCUUCUCGGACUCUACAUUUCAUCACGUACGACUGACACUAUGCCCAGGGAGAAAGUUGACUACAGAGCAGCUAGAGCUGUAUUGUCUGCUCCGUACCCUCUUCCAGUCAUCAUUACUCGAUCUCGAGCAGCUGCGUCUGCGCCACCGCCUUCUGGUCCGCCGCUCGAAGACCAAGGACCAGUCGACAAUGCCAGCUCCAUCAGUGAGAUCAUCCCUGAUCCUCCACCAACGCCCACGACGGGAGGUCUAGCGGCUCAACAUGGAUUUCCAUACAAUUCAAAGUGGAAGUCGAUCCCUCCGGCCUUCCCACCUAUCCCUUAUCCACCUAAAGCGGACUCGACGGCCGAUGGUACCAAGUCGACUCUGAAGCUGAAGAAGCAGUCGUCGAAGAAUGGUACGCAUGAAGAAGCUGAGAUGAUGUCUGGGAUUGAAGAGGGUACGAGUGGCGAGAAGAACGUACUGCAUGGGUUGACGAAUCUAAGCGAGGCCAUUGGGUCGGUCCCUCCUCCUGUAAUGGUACCAAGUACAGGCCUCCUGAGCUCUGCGUUUGAGACCAAUCUCUCCGUAAGCUUCCUGUCCAAGACACCAUCACCGCCUACUGCGGUCAUCGACAAGGGCAAAACUCCAAUGCGCCCUCCAGUCACUGGCCUUGGGGCAUUUCGUCUGCCUGUCGACUCAGGUAUCGACAAUGUCUCUCAUCAGGCGACAUGCGACGCGAACACGGUCAAGCCGGGACCAGCGCAGCUUGAUAGAGCUUGGAGUCCCACUUCCGUAUCCUCCGGUAUAAGAUCAUGGAGUGCCGAACUGGAAGCCGAUGAAGAGGACGCGUCAGAUGUUACCGAAUCUCCAGCUACUCACCGACUGAUCACUCCUGCCGAUGCACGAGAGAGACGACCCCUCAGAUUCUUUGGCGAAACGCAUCUGGCUCCAUUCACCUACGACCCCUCUGGCUUCGAAUCCGAUGCAGACUCCGUCCGCACUGUUACUCGCAUCCCCCGAGGCAAAUAUAAAUGUGGACAGCAAGACGGCCCGGACCUCGAAGAUCGUACCCCUCAUGUUCGCCCUAAAGGUGUAUCCAUCGCUCGUCUCAGACCUAGCUCCCCCGUCAAUGCCACUGUCCUUGGCGCAUUCACCAAGCGUCGACGAGAUGGAUCGCUGACGCCUACUCCUCAAGGAUCAUCCAAGCAAGCGUACCUUGGUGGUCGAUCGCCCACACCGACUCAAGCACCAUUUGAGGCCAUCUCCAGCGGAUUCCAGAGGCUUCAUCCCACGGUCUCAAGUCAAGACGUCCCUCCGAGUCUUCCCUCUCCGGUACCCAUGUCCGUUGACCCCCGAUCUGCUGAUUUCAGGGGACAAGAUCACUCUUGGCCGUCCCAUGGCAUUCAGAGUCCACUGGAUUUUGGCCAUCGCCAGCAGCACUCCGUCUAUCCUGAUUCACAAAGCUAUCAGACGUUUCCCCGUUCCUAUCCACCUGGGUUUAGACCUCUGCCGUUCAACGUCGAUGCUUUCCGACCGCCUAUCAGAUACUCGUCAGCGGAAAGUUUACGACUGCCGUCUGCUCCUCCAAGCCGUCCUGGAGCCUUGCCGACCGCCAAGGCAUGCCAUAACUUUCUCCUCCAGCGCAAAGUUCACGCUGCUAACCGGAGGCACCUUCUUUCGGAAUAUAACAGGCGGACCUUUGCACAAGCUCAACGGGAGGGCAAAGUGUUGGUUGCGUCUUCCAGUCGAUACUUGCCACGGCAGGAGCACACGUCUUUCGCCGUGGGUAAGCGACUUCAGUCGAAUUCGGACGAAGAUGAGGAGCUGAGGUCGCAUGAACGCACUCGGGGAGCAGGAACCUCCAGAAAGAGACCGCGAGCCGAAGUAUCUUCCUCGUCUUGGGAGGAUCAACCUGCUGUGGGCUUACGACAUCUCCCACUUCGGCCUCAGCUGUUGCCCCCAGCUUCUAUUCUAAACCACGUCGAGGGGGCAUAUGACGAGCCAAUGUUCGAUAUGGAUCUGGAAGAAGAAGGCGGACAAAGUCCUUCUUGGUUCUAUCGAUCCGAUGAGAUCUCACCUCAAUGUUACUCUCCUGAAGGAAACAAUCCUCAGCCGAGAGUCCACUUCAUCAGUCCCGCCUCAAUAAUGCCUCCGCGAUCGGCGAUGCAGCAUCGACUCUCGCCUCCUAUGCUCACUUCAGCGCGCUCAUCACUCCCUCACAAUCACUUUGGGCGAUCCAGUCGUUCACCUCGAGCAAACCUCGAACCACACCAUAUCCUCGAGGAGGUCGAAGAAGAGGGAAUGCAACAACCCAGCAACGAGUUGAGCGCGUUCAACCUGAUGAUCGCCCAAGCUGCGACUCAGCGUAAUUUGAAACAACGCGAAAAAGAUCAACGUCGAGCAGCAUGGAUCAAAGAGAACAGGGAAAGGUCGGCUAUCGCUCGAGCAAAUAGCAGUAGACGUACAGGUGAUGUGGGCGACCGAGAAGAUACUGCAGCCAGACAGGCAAGAGAUGUCAGUAUGGCCAGAGGAUUGAGCGUAUUUCGUAGAUCAAGGAAUGAUAGCAUGGGCGUCGUGAGACCUCUCCGAGAUGGCAGUAGACGGGCUCUCAGCAGAGGUAUGAGUGUGGACCCAAAGGCAGUGAGAGGGCCUCUGUGA